UGUGUGCGACGUUUGACCUACUUUCAAUAAACACUAUCACAGCCGGAGCCGCUGCUACUUUAGUCCGUUUUCAGCUCGGAGGUGUCGGUGCCCUCGUGCAGUCGGUUGACGGUUAAACUCCACGGAGCAGCCUGCGUGGCACAAACCACAGACACACACACACACACACACACACACACACACACACACACACACACACACACACACACACGCAGACUCGUGGGAGGGGGGGUCUGUCUGUCGAUGUGAGGAGUUGCACAACAACACGGACCAAUGUAACUUUGGAGAAACUCCUGAAAGCUUCCAACUGAGCAGGACACUGACUCCUCUACAGCAGUGACAAGCGAAUAGAUGUGAUGUCACCAUGGAGGCACAGAACAACAACGAACCCACCUUAGACAACCACAACAAGCUCUACAAGAUCGACAGUCAGGAGGAUCAGAAAAACGUGCCAAGCUAUAAGUACUGCUGCACAAUGGCAAACUUCCGCAUUGAGAAGAAGAUUGGCCGUGGUCAGUUCAGCGAAGUUUACAAAGCCACGUAUCUGCUGGAGGGUCAGCUGGUUGCACUCAAGAAAGUCCAGAUCUUUGAGAUGAUGGAUGCCAAAGCCCGUCAGGACUGCAUCAAAGAAAUAGAUCUACUGAAGCAGCUGAAUCACCCCAACGUGAUCAAAUACCUAGAUUCCUUUAUUGAAGACAGUGAGCUGAACAUUGUUCUGGAGCUGGCAGAUGCUGGAGAUCUUUCCCAGAUGAUAAAGUACUUCAAGAAGAAGAGGCGGCUCAUCCCAGAGAGGACUAUAUGGAAAUAUUUUGUGCAGCUGUGCAGCGCACUAGAGCACAUGCAUUCACGCAGAGUAAUGCACCGUGAUAUCAAACCAGCCAACGUGUUCAUAACAGCCACAGGGGAAGUAAAACUGGGUGACCUGGGAUUAGGGCGCUUCUUCAGCUCUAAAACCACUGCAGCUCACUCCUUAGUGGGGACUCCCUACUACAUGUCACCAGAGAGGAUCCAUGAGAACGGAUACAACUUUAAGUCAGACAUCUGGUCCUUGGGAUGUCUUCUGUAUGAGAUGGCAGCUCUGCAGAGUCCAUUUUAUGGAGACAAGAUGAACCUCCUCUCCCUGUGCCAGAAGAUUGAGCAGUGUGAUUACCCUCCCCUCCCACCUGACCAUUACUCCGAGAAGCUGCGGGACCUGGUUAGCAUGUGCAUCAACCCAGACCCGGAUCAGCGGCCAGACAUCGUCUUUGUGCUGCAGUUUGCCAAACAGAUGCACAUGUGGACUUCGAGCACCUGAGCGCCGCCAGUUCUGCUCUGAGCCCCCCCCCCCCCCUUUUUUUGCUCAAUCUGAGGACCUCGACCCACUAAGACGUACGCUCUGCCCGCUCUCGCAGAAAAGCGUUUGCCUCAGCCUCAUCUUGACUUUUUGUUGUGCAGAGCUCUGGAGCAAACCACAGGAAGACUUGCACAAAGUGGACUGUGGUGUUUGGACACACACACACCCACUUCUUUUCCUUCGUGGAGGACGCGUAGAGGUGGGUUAGUGGUGUAGCACCCGUGGAAAGUGGAGUUCGUUAAAGCCUGCUCGUCGGUGACAGAGGUGACUGCAUUUAUGCCUUUUCUUUAGCUCUGAACAGAGAAAUGUGUCUCAUUAUGAAGACGGGGCAGAUUUCUCUGAGCUUCGUUGUUGCGUAACUCCACAGGAAUUGCAUUCCAAGUUCAUACCCUGUUUAAAGUAAAGUGUGUUUCAGUAAGGCUCAGCAAUAUCAGUAUUUAUCAUCAGCUCUUGUAAUCAUAUCAUUUCUAUUCUUUUCACUGUUAGUACAUAUGUCAGUUGAAUUAAUACACAUUUUAAGUCAUUACUAGCAAACAUCAGUCUUGCCAAACAUUUAGCGUGUAGUGAGUACAAAGCUAAAUCAUCAGCAACUAAACUUACUUCUAUCACAAGUAGAUCUGUACAUAAUCCCUAGAGUGAACCUGGUCUUAAUUCUGUUGGAAUUUUUUUUUUUUUUUUUGUGCCCACUCGUGGGCAGCUCAUCAAGUCAUAAACACCGAGAAGCAGACGCAGAAUUUAGUGUCUACACCACCUGCCCGAGGAGACAGUCUGACUCUUUAAUGAAGCCAAGACCUGGACCUGAAGAGCACAUGGAGCCACAGUGUUGGCACGUCGCUCUCACUUUUUUAAUUAAAAUGUUCCUUUUGUUCAGUUUUAGUUCAACAUAUUCUUCCAAGCAGUGUUCUCUUCCUGCCCAGCUGUUUGAACUGGUUAGAGAACACUUGAUCCCAACCCAGGUCUCCAGUUCAUCUUUUAAAGGAUGGAUAACGUUUGACAGGUCAGUCACAUCAGCUGACGAUCAUUUGUCUAUUUUUGAUUUCACGUGCAGUUCAUCAUUUCUAUCGCAACACUGCAGAGACCCCAUGAUAAUUACUCACAUAUUUUUCUCCACUAAGUGUUCUUGUGUAGUAAAAACUGCAGUGUGAAGAAACAGAAAAUUUGACACAUGGAUUUAAUUUUCUUCACCUAAUCAGGCACAAAAAACUACAGGACAAGUUUUUCAGCUUAUAGAACAUUAGUUAAAACUCUUUGAAGGCAUUCUAUGUAGUACUGAUAUUCCAAACUCAACAGCAGUGGGAAGUUAUAUAUCAAAGCACACUUAAAAAAACCACCAAUGAAUCAACGCUAUGCAUCCACAGACUGUAUCACUCACUGAAUAAAGUAUAAAGCUCAUUGUUUA